AUGAUACCUAACGUUGCAGUGGCACAGACCUGCUUCGCCGUCACAGCACUAGGCCAGCACAAGCCGCCCGUCGUCAUGUCCUCCUCACCCAUCAUCGACACCGUCAAGGCACUGAGCCUCAACAGCUCAACAAACGCCUCUGGUGCCUCCCAAAAUCCAGAGUUCACCAUUCGCAACAUAUGCUGCGUUGGUGCCGGCUAUGUCGGCGGCCCUACCGCGGCGGUCCUCGCCUUCCAAAACCCUCACAUCAAGGUCACCGUUGUCGAUCGUGACCAGACCCGAAUUCGCCGCUGGAACUCGAGACACCCUCCCAUCUACGAGCCUGGUCUGCAUGACAUUGUCCGCAUUGCCCGUGAUGGCAGCCGCGAGACCUUCUUCUCCAACGAGGCCACCAACGAUGCCGACACCUUCAACUCGGACUUUGGCGAGCUCCGCGUGGCUCCCCGCCAGAGCAACCUAUUCUUCACGACAGACGUGGCUGGCAGCAUUGCCGACGCCGAUAUUGUCCUCAUCUCAGUCAACACGCCCACCAAAGAGCGAGGCAUCGGUGCUGGUAGCGCCACUGACAUGACAGCCUUUGAGGCAGUCACUGCUGUUGUCGCUCAAAACGCCCGCGAGGGCGCCAUUAUCGUCGAGAAGAGCACCGUGCCUUGCCGCACAGCCCAGCUCGUCGCCGAGACUAUUGCCAUGCACCGCCCUGGCGCUCACUUUGAGAUUCUCUCCAACCCCGAAUUCCUCGCUGCCGGUACCGCCGUCAACGAUCUCCUCUAUCCCGACCGUAUUCUCAUCGGUUCCGCUCCCACCCCGACCGGCAAGCUCGCCGCCGAGGCCCUCGUCAACGUCUACGCUGCCUGGGUUCCCCGCGAGCGCAUCCUGACUACCAACGUCUGGUCAUCUGAGCUCGCCAAGCUCGUCGCCAACUCCAUGCUAGCCCAGCGCAUUUCCAGUAUCAACUCCAUUUCUGCCCUCUGUGAGCAGACUGGCGCCGACGUCGACGAGGUCGCCCGCGCCGUCGGUGUCGACCCCCGUAUCGGUAACAAGUUCCUUGUCGCUGGUAUCGGUUUCGGUGGCAGCUGUUUCAAGAAGGAUGUUCUCAACCUCGUCUACCUUGCCGACACCAUGGGUCUGCCUGAGGUCGGCGAGUAUUGGCGCCAGGUUGUCAAGAUGAACGAGUACGCUCGCGACCGCUUCACCAACCGCGUCAUCAAGUGCCUCAACAACACUCUGGUCGGCAAGAAGGUUUGCAUUCUCGGCUACGCCUUCAAGAAGAACACCUCCGACACCCGUGAAGCUCCCGCCCUGGAGAUGAUCAGGACCUUGCUGGAAGAGCGUCCCCGCGAGAUUGCAGUGUUCGACCCGUGCUGCAACCCGCUAGUCAUCAAGAAUGAGAUUCGCUCUCUCCUCGGACCUCUGGCCGAGGGCAACAACAUUUCCGUCUACGGCAACGCCUAUGACGCCUGCGACGAUGCCACUGCCGUCGUCAUUGCCACCGAAUUUGACGAGUUCCGCAACCAGCCCCUGCCUAAGCCUGCCGCUCCCUCGGCUGAGGCUGUGCCUAAGACGAUUGGCGGCAAGCCCAACCCCAAAGCCGAUCCCCGUCCCUUCCAGACCACCAUUCCUUCGCAGAAUGAUCUCUUGGCCCUCCACAAGCAUCUCGCUCAACGCGAAGACGGGCAGGGGCACGAUCCUCUCAAUCGCUUCAACACGGAGCCCUCGUGCGAUGGCGCCUGCCCCGACUGCCAGCAAGAGCAGGAGAGCAAGGUGACUGGGCACGCCACUGGUAUGGGCAGCACCGGAGAGUACAAGUCCAAGGAGCGUCUCAACUGGGAGCGGAUUGCCGACUCGAUGACAAUUCCGCGCUGGGUCUUUGAUGGUCGUGGUGUCAUUGACUCGCGCGAGAUGGUGAAGCUGGGCGUUCGCGUCGAGAGCGUUGGCCGUCAGCACCGCUUUUAA